CCGGUGUUGUUUUGGCAGAUGCUGAAAAUUUGUUUGUGUUUGCAGGUACAUUUUGCGGUGUAUUUAGACGCCAAGCUUUAGAUCGUGGAGCUGUAAUGUUGGGGGUGGAUCAUAUAGUUACCGGGCAUAAUGCCGAUGACAUUGCGGAAACGGUUUUGAUGAAUA